AUGGGGUACGAUUCGUGUGCGACGUGCUGCGCAAUCUUCUCGCUGCUGGGCAUCGUACACCUUGUCUUGUUCGGCCGCAUGUUCAGCGAGAAGGCCAUCUCCUUUGCCAUUAUGGCCGUAGAGCACGGUUGGGACGGGGAAACGAAGGCGAAGGCGUGCUACAACGGUGCCAUUAUUUACACGGUGACGCUCUUCUUGUCCGUCCUAGCCCGCGUGUACUUCCGCCGUAAUGACGCCGCCAAGGCAGCGCUGCUUCACGCCCAGCAUAUUGAGGAAAUUCAGGGGCUCCUCGUGCCACCCUCCAUCUCGACAGGCUCCAGCCAGCACUGA